AUGACCUUCACGACCAUCGCCACUGGAGCGGUGCCGAUGGUGGCGGCGCCCGAUCCGUCAGGUCGUGAAACAGCAACUCAGCGACGUCGCCGCCAGCGCGAGGCAUCAUUGCAGCGCCGCUUCCAAGUGUACGAGGAUCGUCUGUCCAGCAACCGUAACGGCCGCAACGAACGACCCUACUACGAUGACCGCCCCGUGGCGGUGAUCGAGGCGGCGGCCGUCCACGGUCUCCCUCGCGUCAAAAUGACCUCGGCCGCCGCCCACACUCGCCACCAGUGCAACUCGAAACACCGGAUGGGGUCCACCACCACCACCAACCCGCAACGGUGGAUGGGACAUGGCUAUCAUUACGCGACACCUGCGGCGUCGCCCGAAGCCGUUGCCGUACCCGCGUCGUCGCAAAUUGCCGAAGUGGAUGCCGUCCCUGCGCCGGAGGAAGUCGCGCAAGUUAUUGCGCGACCACUCCAAGUUGACGUUCUCGCUGCUGGCGACGACGAUCUUGUCGUUGCGCCGCUCGAAGGAGGAAACUAG